AUGUUGAAAGCUAACAAUAGACAAUUACAACAAGCCACAAAGACCUUCGUUCGUCACGCUUCUUACAACCAAUUGCAAUUUGGAAUUGAAGGAAGAGCUGCAUUGUUAAAGGGAGUUAACACUUUAGCUGAUGCUGUAUCUGUCACCUUGGGACCAAAAGGUAGAAAUGUCUUGAUUGAACAACAAUUUGGUGCUCCAAAAAUCACCAAGGAUGGUGUUACAGUUGCAAAGUCUAUCACUUUGCAAGACAAAUUCGAAAACUUGGGAGCUAAGUUAUUGCAAGAAGUUGCCUCCAAGACCAACGAAAGUGCUGGUGAUGGUACUACAUCCGCUACUGUUUUAGGAAGAUCGAUCUUUACUGAAUCAGUUAGAAACGUUGCUGCUGGAUGCAACCCAAUGGAUUUAAGAAGAGGUUCACAAGCCGCAGUCGAUGCCGUUGUUGAAUUCUUACAAAAAAACAAGAAAGAAAUCACCACUGCCGAAGAAAUUGCCCAAGUUGCCACCAUCUCCGCCAACGGUGAUAAAGCUAUUGGUGAUUUGAUUGCUUCUGCCAUGGAGAAAGUUGGUAAAGAAGGUGUCAUCACUAUCAAAGAAGGUAAGACUUUGGAGGAUGAAUUAGAAGUAACUGAGGGUAUGAAGUUUGACCGUGGUUACAUUUCACCUUAUUUCAUUACAAACACAAAGACCGGAAAGGUUGAAUUCGAGAACCCAUUGGUUUUAUUAUCAGAAAAAAAGAUUUCCAGUAUUCAAGAUAUCUUGCCAUCCUUGGAAAUCUCCAAUCAAACUAGAAGACCAUUGUUAAUUAUUGCUGAAGACAUUGAUGGAGAAGCAUUAGCUGCUUGUAUCUUGAACAAGUUGAGAGGUCAAGUUCAAGUAUGUGCUGUUAAAGCUCCUGGAUUCGGUGACAACAGAAAAAACACUUUGGGUGAUAUUGCCAUCCUCACUGGUGGUACUGUCUUUACUGAAGAAUUGGACAUCAAACCAGAAAACGCAACUGUUGACUUGCUCGGUAAAGCUGGUUCAAUUACUGUGACUAAGGAAGACACUGUUGUUCUUAAUGGUGAAGGAUCAAAGGAAAAUAUUGAACAAAGAGUUGAACAAAUCAAAUCUGUCAUUGAUGAUGCUCAAACCACUGAAUACGAAAAGGAGAAAUUACAAGAACGUUUGGCUAAAUUAUCCGGUGGUGUAGCUGUCAUUAGAGUUGGUGGUUCAUCAGAAGUUGAAGUCGGUGAAAAGAAAGAUAGAUACGAUGAUGCCCUUAAUGCCACUAGAGCUGCUGUUGAAGAAGGUAUUUUGCCAGGUGGAGGUACUGCAUUAAUCAAAGCGGUUCCCGUAUUGGAAGAUUUAAAAUCAAAGAGUGAAAUCUUUGAUCAAAAAUUGGGUAUCCAAAUUAUUCAAAGAGCAAUUACUCAGCCUUGUAAACAAAUAAUGGACAACAGUGGUGUGCAAUCUGAAGUGAUUGUUUCCAAAGUUGAAGAAAACCCUGACUUCACUUGGGGUUAUAAUGCUGCCACUAACGAGUACGGUAACUUGAUUCAACAAGGUAUUAUUGAUCCAUUUAGAGUUGUCAAGAGUGGAUUAACUGAUGCAGUUGGUGUUGCAUCUCUUUUGGCCACCACUGAGUGUGUUAUUGCCACUGCUGGAAAAGAUGAACCAGCUGCUCCAGGAGCUCCACCAAUGUUUUAA